AUGUUUAACGCCCGUGAUUCUUCAAACCAAGUUGAGUUGCCACAGCCCGCCGACCGCCCGACACCCCUCCACUCGUACACCACUGAGUCCGAUUCCCGUGCCGCAAAGCCUCCAUUAAGACAGUCGGCAAGUUUCACGGCCUGCCAUCCAUCCAUGGAUUCAUUCCCUUCACCUCCUCCUGAGGAUAAUACAAACACUUCAUCCUCGAAGCGCAAUUCAGUCGAUGGUGGUGGAGGUGGAGGGGGGGGAGUAGCGGCCGGGGCUGGCGGCGGCGGCGGGGGGGGUAGAUUAAGUUUGAGUAGACGCAAGGCAGGAUUUUCCAACUUCAUGAAUACCAUGUUGGGUUGCCCCCGAAACAUUAAAAUAUCAGCACCUGAAAACCCUGUCCACGUCACCCAUGUUGGAUAUGAUAACGAGACCGGUCAAUUUACGGGUUUGCCCAAGGACUGGCAACGCAUGCUCCAGGAGAGCGGUAUUUCGAAGAAGGAGCAGGAACAGCACCCGCAGACUAUGGUGGAUAUUAUGAAAUUCUAUGAGAAAAGCGCUGCAGGCAGGGACGAUGAUGAUGUUUGGCACAAAUUCGGCCAUGCAAUGCCUUACGAGCAAACAGACCCCGGGCCCGGCUCAAAACACCUUCCUGCUGCGUUGAGCCCAGCUGCUUAUUCACUAAUGUCCACCAUUAACUCCCCUCCUACUAGCCCUCGUUUCCCUCAGAACCACGAAGGGAGCUUCGAAAACCCAAGAGCACCACCACCAAUCCCUCGUUCAGCUUCAAGUGGCAACCCUUUAUCCCCCAGUAAAGCAUCCCCCUUCGCUAGCAGAGUACCAAACCGUGCGGCUCCAAAACCUCCAGGUGGAGCGCCAACCAAUAAUAACCUUGUUCCUGUGCGACCUGCCCCUCCACCCCCUGUUUUAAAGGAUGGCAUAGCUGGAUCGCAUAGAUCGGCUCAGGAGGCCAUUGUGCCACAGUUUGUUGGCCAUUCAAUUCCAGAAUCUUCACAAUUUCCCCCAGAGAAUCGCCCUAGUCGGUCCAAUUCAAAUGCCAAUGAUACAGGCCCUGCAAGAAAUGCACCUGCUCCAGUCCACGUCACCUCUCCAGCUCAAUACCAACAGCUACAAGAACAGGCUAUUACCGCUGCUCAACAUGCCAUCUCCAGCAAACAGCUUGAGCGCACAAGAAGCCAACGCCAGCAUCAGCAGCAACCGCCAUCGCCGCCACCGCCCGCUCUGCAGUUCCAACCUGUCUCUCCAAGUCAACAACACCAGCAAUCUUCCCCUCCUCUUCUCUCAGAUUCGUCGAGGCUAGACCAUCAACAGUUAAUCCCGCCUACACCUCAACAACAGUUUUCUCAGAGGCCACCAGCCUCCCAGCAAGGGCUCCAUCAACAAGGUCACCUUGGUCCAUCUCCCCGCCCGCGACAGCGAUCACGUCAAAGCAAUGGUAUUGAUAUUAGAGCCCGCCUAAAUGCCAUAUGCACAGCCGGAGAUCCAACCCGCAAGUAUAGGAACCUGAAUAAAAUUGGCCAGGGUGCCUCAGGCGGUGUAUUCACGGCUUAUGAAAAUGGCACCAACAAAUGCGUCGCAAUCAAGCAAAUGAACCUCGAGCUUCAGCCAAAGAAAGACCUUAUCAUAAAUGAGAUUCUGGUCAUGAAGGACAGCAAACACAAGAAUAUUGUCAACUUCAUGGACAGCUUCCUACAUGGCGGUGAUCUCUGGGUAGUGAUGGAAUACAUGGAAGGUGGUAGUUUAACAGACGUUGUCACAUUUAACAUCAUGACUGAAGGCCAAAUUGCUGCUAUUUGUAGAGAGACCCUAAAUGGCUUACAGCACCUUCAUUCAAAGGGCGUCAUUCACCGAGAUAUUAAAUCAGAUAACAUCCUUUUGUCAUUGAAUGGCAACAUCAAGCUGACCGACUUCGGUUUUUGUGCUCAAAUCAACGAUUCCCAAAAUAAACGGAACACCAUGGUCGGAACUCCGUACUGGAUGGCUCCCGAAGUCGUUACACGAAAGGAAUACGGACGCAAAGUUGAUAUUUGGAGCUUGGGUAUUAUGGCGAUUGAAAUGAUAGAGGGGGAACCACCAUACCUUACUGAAUCGCCCUUACGUGCUCUCUACCUUAUCGCGACCAAUGGCACCCCGACUAUCAAAGACGAACACAACCUAUCCCCAGUUUUCCGAGAAUUCCUGCACUUCGCCUUAAGGGUUGACCCCGAGAAACGAGCGUCUGCUCAUGACUUACUAAAGCAUAACUUCAUGUCGCUAUGCGAGCCUCUUCCCAGCCUUGCACCUCUAGUAAGAGCAGCCCGAAUCAGCAGGGCCCAGGAAAAGGCCCAAAAAAGCAACGGCUGA